GGCCGAGCCGACAGGUGUGCGCUUUCUAUUUAAACCAUUGUUUGCCGCCAGAUCAAGUCUCCAGGAGCCAGAGCCGAAAGCUCAGAGCCAGCCAGACACAGAGAGAGAGAGAGGGAGAACAGAGCGAAAUUAAGGAAGGGCUGGGAGACCGGGGAAUAGGACAUUUGUACUCCCGGGAUGAAUGGGAGAUUUUUACUCCACUGAAGGUGAACAGCGGAAUCGAGAGAGGAAGAUUACUGCAUUUCGCAGCGAAAGUGCCCGGACUGGGAGGAUUUGCUGGGAAUCGGCUGCCUUGUUCAAGGAGGUGAAUUAAAGACGGGAGAGAGAGAGAGAGAGAGAGAGAGAAGAGGGGAAAACAUUCCAGAGCCGGCGUGACGCUCUACCGAGAGAGAGAGAGAGAGAGAGGGGGGACGAGCAGUGAAAAUAUCGGAGCUGUAGCGUCUGAAACAGGCGGAUCUGACAGAGAGACAUUGACAGAACUCCGGACCUCGCUCUCUCAGAGAGGGAGUCAGUGAAGAUUACAUUUGAGAUUUGACAAUCUCGACUCUAUCUUCCGCUAAACAGAGCGAUCCCGGAGCAGACAGAGAGAGAGAGAGGAGGCAGAAUUAGAUACAACAGACAUUCCUCUCCUUGCAGUUCCCUUCACUCUGUUUCUCUCUAGUGCUUGUUCUGUGACCGGACUGGGCUUCCUUUCUCGGUUUAAUUUUUUUUCCCUGAACCCCCAAGUUCCAUCGCCUGCUCACGGAGGGACAUCUCCAGCGGUCUGCCAGCCUUCGGGAUUAAAUCCAGAUUCAACCCCCUGCAGAGAGUCUCUGUACAGAUUAUAGGAAUACAAAUUUUUCUUAUCUCCCCCAAUCUCUUUCACUGACAAUUAAAUCAUUCGCUUUUAAAAAGCUGCAACAAACGACAUUCAGGAUGCGGCUCCUGUCUACACGCCUCAGCUAUCUGUGCCUGCAACUGUUGACCUUCUGCUUCCAAGCUCAGGUAACCUCUCAGUCACCGCCUAAUUUUACACAGCACGUUAGGGAGCAGACCAGGCAGACGGACCGGCUGAGCAGGAGGUUAAUCCGCACCUACCAACUCUACAGCCGUACCAGCGGAAAACAUGUCCAAGUCCUGGGCAAGAAAAUCAACGCGAAAGCGGAGGAUGGAGACAAGUAUGCCAAGCUGAUUGUGGAGACAGAUACCUUCGGAAGCAGAGUCCGCAUUAAGGGAGCGGAGUCUGGGUUUUACAUCUGCAUGAACAAGCGGGGAAAACUGAUCGGCAAGCGAAGCGGCAAGAGCAAAGACUGCGUCUUCACUGAAAUCGUGUUGGAGAACAACUACACGGCUCUGCAGAACGCCAAGUACGAAGGAUGGUUCAUGGCUUUCACCCGGAAAGGGAGACCCAGGAAAGGAUCGAAGACCAGGCAGCACCAGAGGGAGGUGCAUUUCAUGAAGCGAUUACCCAAGGGUCACCUGUCCUCUUUGGACAGCCACAGACACUUCGAGUUCAUCAACUAUCCUUUCUCCAGCAGGACUAAACGCACCAGACACUCCAGGCCUCGGUAGAAACAGCCACUGUCCCAAGGUCACCCCUCUCUCCAGUGACCGUUACUACAGACAAUGGAUGAACCCACUGUCUCUUUCUUUUAAAAUAAAGGAGAUGCUUUAUUUUUCUAUUCAACUCCAACUGAUGGGACUACAUCACCCGGCGUUUGGGAAAAUAAUUCAGUGUGAAUUAAAGUUUAAAUAAUUUUCAGAGCAAGAGAAGGACAGGAACACAAGGAUUCUGUGACAGGGACACUGAAAUCAUUCCCAACCUGAGCUGCUGGGCUGUUCGAUUCCUGAGUUGAGAUGAGAGCUUGAGACUGACUUACAGUUGUGUAUAUAAUCAGUUAGUUAGCUAGCUAGAGUGGAAGAAUGAAAGAUGGAAGUUCACUUUUAUUCUCCCGUGGUCAUCUUCAAAUGCUGCUUUGGAUAUGUUUUCACUUAAGAGUGAUGCCCUGGGAAAUGAAUCACCAAGAUAUUUACAGAGAAAAAAUCUGCUGGAAUUGUUUAUCCUCAAUGUUGUUACUAGUAAUUCAUUGUCCAACUGCAUUUCACUGAAUCUUAGAACAGACAUUGCAAACAAUUAUAACCUCAAAUUGUCUUGUUAAUAAUUUCUCCAUUUUCUUUCUUACCU